AUGGAUAAGUAUACACUUGCUUUUUUAAAGAAAGCCGGAUUAGAGAAUGAUGUUGUCAUUGCAUCGACAGAGACUCCAUUCAUUCAAAAUCUCGCAUCUGGUGAGGCCACUGAAGAUUCGUUUUGCAAAUGGCUCUAUGAAGAUCGUUUGUACGUCCAGGCUACCUCUCUAUUUUUAGCAAAAGUCAUUGAAGCUUUCCAGAAGGAGACUUCUCCUAGUGUUUCCGAAGCAUUAAAUCUUGCCUUAAAAGCAUAUCAAGUUGUUCGGCCAGAGAUUGACCAUUUUAAUGAAAAGUGCAAAGAAAAGGACAUACCCCUUCCAGAGUUGCCUUCCGUUUCAAUUAGUUGGGAGCAAAACAUACUGGAAAACGACCCCCAUCAGUAUGCUUCUCUUUCCUCCCCUGCUUGUUACGAAUAUAUUUUGUUCGUUACAAAGUCCAUGUUUGAAAUACCAAAUGCUACACCUACCGAUUAUUACUUGGCAUUUUACAUGAACGAGCUUAUUUACCAUCGAUCUUGGAAGUUUGUUUACGAAUCUUCGCUCUUCCAAAAAAGCUCUAUGCGAGACAUGGAGUUUAUUUCUUGGUGGGCAAACGAUGACUUUGCGAAAUUUGUUGAAACCCUUGCUUGCACAGCUAAAGAAGCUGCCAUUAGUGAAACGACUGUUUUCAUUUUAAAAGAGAUUUGUCGUUUCGAGCAGCAAUUUUUUAAUAGUGCUCUGUCCUAA